CCUACCCCGGCCGCUGCCGACCCAUCCGGCCAUCCCUCAGCGCCUUCCUCCGUCACUCCUUCUCUACCCGCCAGAUCCAGCCAUCAUCAUGCGGCCCUCGUCAACCCACCAUCCUUCGUCCGGCGAACCAUCUGCUGUCCGCACCGUCCGUCCGGAGAACGAGACGGAGAUUUAUUCCGCAGUCAAGGGAUGGCAACCGGACGAGAAGUUGGAGGAAUCCCUCCCCUUUGACGCCCAGAAGAAGGUGGAAAAUCCGGAGAGGGAGAUCGAUUCCGUCCUGGCACGGCAAUUGGACGAAGAGUUGAAGGAGUUGGAGGAAGCCCUCGCACUUGCCGACCGCGAGCGUGAGAAGAGCAAGGUGUUUGAACCCUUCACGGGAUUGCGAUCGUUCGAAUUGGAGCAGCCUCUCUCCAUCGGCGACCGGAGGAAGGUGGAAACGCCAGAGAAAAACGAGGAUGGUGUCCAGGAAUGGCACCCCGCCGAGGAGUUGGAGGAGGCCCUCUCCCUCGCCAUCCGGAGUGGGCUAACGGCUGAGAAAGUGAGGAAGUUCCUCCACGUCGCUGCCUGGUCCAAUCUAAUGGACUACGAUGUCCACUCCCUCGCCAUCAGGAGCGGGCUCAAGGACGAGGACGCCCUCUCCCUUGCGAACAACUUCAUCAGAAUGUACAAGAUCGUAUUUACCACUCUCCGCGCGCAGCUCCUGGCUUCCUUCGACAAGCGACGAUUCGACCGCGAACUCUACGAAUGGAUGCACCCCCAUCGCAUCAUCGGCGAGAGGAGAAAACACGCCGACCGCCCCUUCAUUCUCUUCAAGAUGAAGGCAUCUGCCAAGAAUGCGAAAGUAAUGUGGUGGCAGAAGAAGUACUCCCGCUUCCCUCCCGAGCGAUCAGGAUACACUGGCGCUGUGCGCGUGGCUCGCCUGGUUCUCAGCAGAGACGGAUUUCAUCUCGAGGAGGAAGGGGAGGACGGGCAGCCGGGUGCCCUCUCUGUCCGUUACGAUGAUAGAUACAUGGGGUUUCCGCCUCGCAAGGUGGGUGUGCUCAAGGAUGGCUGGUUGAACCCGCUCGAUGAGGUCGCUGUUAUCAAGAGGCUGCCCAAUGGCGACGGGAUUUCUAUCAUGUCCUACGUUGGUGGGCUUGGUCUUAAGCUGGGUGAUUUUCUAUUUGUGUUACACCGCAAGUCUUGCACCGUCGCCCUGAGCUUCAUCGAGCGGUCCUUCUAUGUCUCCACGAUGUUCAAAGAGGAGAUGUUAUAUGCCGUUCCUGGUAUUUAUUUCCUAGACAUUACCAACACCGUGCAGAAUCUGAUCAAGAAGCUUUACCGGGUGUAUGAGCAGGAGGAGCAAGAUAAAAAGAUCAUGCAACAGAAACAAGAUUAUCAGGAGCUGAUGCGUGAACAAGAGGCGCUGCGGCCCCGCCUAGAGGAGCAGCAGAGGAAGAAACUUGAAGAUAUACGAAGGAGAAGGGUUGAGAGCAAGAAACAGAAGCAGCGGCGUGGAGAAAUACGGGAGGGUGUUCACCGCAUGAAGGAGGUAGCAAUAACGGAAAAAGAAUAUGAGGAAGAUUGCUUUUGCACUCCAAUGCUUUUCUGUCUGGAAGAAUCUGAUUUUGACCCAGCCAUUGGAAGAACAUUUGUGGCAAAGUGAGGAGAGCCCCAAGGAAUUGCUUCAGACGGCAGUAGAAGAACAAUGGAUGGAUGCUAUCUUCUUCUUUAUGACUGUGCUAUGCUUGUCCCUGCUUGCCUCUCUCUAUGGGCGCCGCAUCUGGUAGUGAUAGAAAGCUAUGUUUCUAGAUCUGCUCCAUAACGUGCACUUUCUAGAUUUCCGGUGUGCUAGCUAGGAUGCCAAUACUUCAUUUUGUCUAUAUUCUUCUAAAAGUAUGUGUAUAAUAAUGCAUUCUCUAUCUA